UUUUUGAAUAUAAUCUCAAUCAGACUUGGACUUGGACUAUUGUAACCCGAGAGACCUAUAUAUUAUAUAUACCUAAUGGAGUAGGCAACCUUCGAUUUCCUCAUCAAUAACCACCAAUUAUAAAUUAAUCGAAGAAGCCAUGACUACGAAGCCCCCUACUUUUACCACCGUUGAUCUAUCUCCUCCUAGCCCUCUCCGUGCAUGGUGGGUGAACAGCAACGUAAAAUUCGAUAUUGCGAUGAAUAUCAUCAUACUAAUCCUCAACAUUGCAACGACCAAGUAUGUAAUAGCCCACAAGAUUCCCUUAACCGCAGGUGGUACAUUUCUCUGUCUUUCGAUGGAUUCGGCUGUUCUCUCCCUCUUGACUUGGCAAACUGCAGAAUAUAUGGAUGAUUCAGUACGUGAUUCCUACUUGUUGGGACGUACCAUUCAGACUUUAGGCUUUGGUUAUUUCCUCGACCUCUUCUAUGCUAUCUCUCCUCACUUGGCUCUAGGCUUGGGUAUACCUUGUUUGAUAUGGUUCGUAGUUACCAUGAUUUGGCCGUCUCUAUGCACAAUAGUGCAACAAUUACGUAAUCGGUGGAUGGCUAGGAAUCAACCAAAAGAGGCAUCGAAAGUUGCUAUUACUGUUGUUUAAGGUGUUAAGUUUUAGGGUUUCCUUUCUCUAUUUUUUUUGUUUUCCCUUUCUCCUCAAGUUUUCUA